UGACAGCUGCGCUGGAUGCUGGAAAACACCAGAAGCAUCAUCAUCAUCAUCAGCAUCAGCAGCAGUGAGCCGCAGACGCAUCUCUGAGACCGCGCGAGCGCUAUGGACGAGCGCGACACGAUUUAACCCGCGCGUAAAAGAGCCUCAACAUCCUUCAAAACGGCCGGAGUCGUGGAGCAUCGAGGGAAAACCCGGACCAAUCGGGACCAAGGGUUCAUGCCCAACAUGGAAAGGGGCAAACCAGCCACUUACACCGGCGACAAGAAGGCAAAGAUGGCUGCAAAGACCAAUAAGAAGUGGGUAAGACUGGCCACGGUGUUCGCCUAUGUUUUAUCCGUGUCUCUAGCCGCGAUCAUCCUGGCCAUCUACUACAGCCUCAUAUGGUCUCCAAACAAGUCCACCUCCACCACUCCCCCCACCACCACCGCGAGCAUCAACGGGACGGACAGCAACAGCACGCGAACGACUCCGGUCCCCAUUAACGCCACCGGCACCAACGCGUCUCUAGAGCCGACGCACGCGUCCCUCUCCAAAGGCGCGCGCUCCCAACCCGUGGAUCUCUACACAUACAUGCCCAGAGACAUCUCAGACACUCAGACUGCAGAGAAAACACGGUCCUCCAGGAGAGACCAGAGCGGAGGCGCGCAACCGGAGACGCGCGCGGAGGACGACUCUAGACAAACGCGCUCAAAUAACCGGGACACAAAGACCUAA